UUCAGACUUGCCGGUGGGUAAACCCGGAACGCGAUGAGUCUUGAUGAACCACGCGAUCCGCAAAGAAACCGGCAAUACUAUGAGGAUCGACACCUCCUACCAUCCAAACAGACUACGGUGACAUUUGGUCCCAUAGCAAACGAGACCAACAGGACCACCACCCCCGCUGUCCCGCCGCCGUCGCCACGACAUCCCAAAAGUGAAGCCGUUGCUGUUCCUCAGACUGCUACACCACCCGCUGAACCGACAACGUCGGCACGAACCACACCUAGGAUCGUCACCACCCAUGCGCCACCACCUGGUCGUGGUAGCGCUGGAGGAGUUGGUGCUGCUGACCUUGGUCGGUUAGUGAAAACAACAUGGAACGAUCUGAAGGAAUUACUGGGGUUUGUACCGAAUUGUAUGAAUGGUGGCACAAGAACGGGUGGUACAACGUGUAGAUGUCCGAAAUUGUUUGAGGGUGCUCUAUGUGAUAAACGAAUAUGUUUGAAUGGUGGGAAAUUAGAACGAGCCAAAUAUGGUCCAGUAUCAUGGGAUUGCAAGUGCCCGACUCCUCAAUACAUUGAAGGAGCCCAUUGUGAGACGGUACGAUGUGCAAAUAAUGCGGUACUCCGUACAGAACCAAAUGGUAGUUGGUGGUGUGAUUGCUCGGAUAGUAUAUUCUAUUCUGGACGAUUUUGUGAGGAAUUUAGCGCACCGUAUGCAGUAUUCGCAGUUCCCUUAGCUUGCCUAUUAUUAUUCGCAUUAUGUAUAGCUGUAUGCCAAAUGGAUCUCUGUCCAAGACGAAGGCGAAUUCCUCGACACACGAGGCGAUCUGCUGACUCUGGCCAACCUCAUAUAACUUCUCGAAGUAGGAGAAGGGCCGCCGCGGGAGUGCCACCAAGGUCGCGAGCGGCUCCGUCGACGGCGCAGAGAGCUGCGGUGACUCAAGAACUUCUCAUAGCGGAGGAUCGAGCAAUGUGUCGCCGAGGCGUUGCUUAUCCACAAGGAAUUGUGGCCCCUUAUGUGAUUCGAUUAGAUACCAUUCCACAUUUCAAUCCGAAUAUGAUUGGUGGUGUGGAUCCACUUUCACCCGCUAAACCUUUGGAACCACCUCCAUCCUACGAACAAGCCGUUUCUGCACCUCCUGUACCCCAACCGCCGAGUUACACGGAAACAGCCGAUGAACGAGUUGUACCUCCACCGCCUCCGAUAAUACACUCCCAACCACCUCCACCUAAUCGACAGCCGCCUCUUCCGCCAAAUUCCUGAUACUAUCAAGCUUCAAAGUCGUGUUUGCCUCUAUCGAUAGUUGCAUAUCCGUUUAUUGAAAACUUUCUGACAUAACGCACUUCGCUAAGUCUCCUCUUUCAUAAGAUUGUGCAGAUGACGUCAUUUUCACAAAAAUCAUGGUAGAUCCGGCACUUCUUUACAGCUGCCUUCAUUCUCAUUCCUUGCAGAAUAUCCUUUCAUUGUUAAUG